UACUUACCAGGCUAUGGUCUUGUGUCUUCAAAAUCUUGAAAUCUUGAAAUUCUGUUUGUUCAAUAAUGUCUAGAACAGUUAAUCUGAUCCUCGGUACUAAACCUUCGACAACGCAAGAACAAGAAAACCCAGUGUUCUGUCUUGAACUUAGGUUUCAUUACAAGUACAAAAGGUUGUUUAGAAAUCCUGAAGGCCAAGUAAGAGAAGCUCAGUCCUACUCUGCUCCGCCCUCUUCUGCUUUAUUCCAACUCCAGCCUUCCGCUCUCUCACAUUCUUUCACAUGCCAUGCCCAAAUUCACGAGCUUCUGUCUUCGUUGAAUGUCGACCACGAAUUACGCCUUUUCUUGGCUCCGGAGAUAGCCACUUUCCUAAUGUCCUUGUCCAGGCCGGGUUUCCAUGCUGUUGCUGAUAUUGAGGUUGUCCAUGAAGAGUUCCUUGACGCACAGGAGCCGUUACCCAUGAUGAUGAUGUUGGAUGGUGUGAUGAUGAUGGAUGGUGAGGAUGUGAACGAACCCAGAAGAGGCGUGUCGAGAUCGACCCUUGAGAAGUUGAAGAAGGAGAGGUUUAGUGCUGCUGCGGCGGAGGCUGGUGGGAUAUCCGAUGACUGUGCUAUUUGUUUGGAGGAAUUUGGUGGUGAAGUUAAGCUCAUCAAGAUGCCCUGUGCCCAUAUUUUUCAUGAAAACUGCAUCUUUCGCUGGUUGAAGAAUCAAAAGACUUGCCCUACAUGCCGACGUGAAGUUGAUAAUUGAUAUUGAUGUUAAUUAAUUAAGUAGUAGCACUGCAGUUUAUUAGAUGAAGAUAUUAAAUUCGGUAACUUGUUUAAAUUUAAGCAAACUACAGUUUUGCUCCACGAAUAUAAUGUAUUUGGCCUAUAGUUUUAUAAAAUAUA